AAUCGAAAGAUUAGAUAAAACUGAUACGUAUCCUUAUCUCCAGCGUGAACCUGCCGCAUAGGAUCCGUUCAUUGCGUGAAAAAAAGUAGUUCAAAAACGACGGUAGAAAUGUUUUUCGUAUAAAUUAAGAUUGUGAGUGUUUUCACGAAGAGAAAUGGGGGUUAGAACGGCGUCGCUGCUCGUCUACCUGUCCUGCCUGUUCCUGGGGGUCCGAAACCAACCCCCGUCGUCGCUAUGUUCCCGUUGCAACUGCUCCAAUAUAAAUGCCACCUUCCUGGAGGUCCUUUGUCUGUCCGACAUCAAAGAAAUCGCCGACGUAAUAUUCGCGAACGGGACGCAGGGGGACCUCCUGUCCGUAUCCGACCUGACGAUAAGGUACAACGAGCUGAACACCCUCGCCGACGGCUUCGCGACCGAGAACGUCGUCAGACUGGACCUGUCCUUCAACAAGAUCUCCCACGUGAAGAACAACGUGUUCAGCAGGCUGCAAAAGCUGGAAACGUUGGUGCUGAGCCAUAACAACGUCGAAAAUUUGCAUCCCAACGCCUUCCAGGGGCUAUAUAUGGCCGGUGACUUUUACCCCUUGAGAUCCCUACGCACCCUGAUGCUGGACCACAACAGCAUCCACACGCUGAACGCGGACCUCUUCGAGCACACCGAAUCGGUGGAGACCCUGUCCUUGGCCUACAACCCCUUGGAGGUGAUCGACACCCAUACCGCCAUAGCGAUAACGAAUCUGGCCAACUUGAAGUUUCUAGAUUUGAGCUACACGCAACUCAGCGCCCUGCCCAAGUACUUCCUGCACACCCCCAAGUACAUCGAGGUGUUGAACCUGUCCGGGAACUCCUUCACCGGCGUCCCCAGGGAGCUGGAAGAGGCGCACUCUCUGAGGAAGUUCGUCUUCAACGACAACGCCGUGGUGGAACUGACCAGACAAAACGGUUUCCCGAGGAUUCCGACGCUGCGCGUCCUUCACCUCUGCCAGAUGUCCGACUUGGUGGCUCUGGACGCAGGUUCCCUGGCCAACCUGACCGAUCUGCAGGAGCUCUACGUGGCCGGGAACCCCAGGUUGAGCAGGAUCGACGACGCGACGCUUUCGACGGCGGACGCGACGGGCACCAUGGACAGCUGGCCGGACAUAAAGAAGCUCUACCUCAACGACAACCAGAUCUCGUACAUAAACAAGUCGCUGCUGGCUCAUUGGAGCACGCUGGCCGAGUUGGACCUGUCGAACAACCCGUGGACUUGCGAGUGCGAGAACCAGUGGAUGGUAGAGACCCUGAUGCCCGUCUAUCUCAAGAUCGACGAGGACAAGGCCAAGGCGAUGAAGUGCGCCGCUCCCGUCGAGAUGACGUCCUACACCUUCGAGGAGCUGCACAAGAGAAACUACAACAUGAGAUGUCUGGACCUGUACGGCGCCCAACCGGAAAGGGACGCGGCAAUGUUGGUCGGGACGUUGGCCGGUAUGAUUCUACCUAAAUACUCGUUACAUUCCGUGCUCCUUAGCAUUCCUUUUACAGGGCUACUGCUCGGUAUCCCCCUGGUGCUGUUCUGUAUCUACUCCUACAGGAGACACUGGUUCGGUUAUUUCGACGAUUCCGCCGCGUCCUUCUCCAGGCAGUUCUACAGGAGGACCAACGACGUCUACGAAUAUUGAGUUGCGAUUUUAAAUGGACCCUUUUCACUCUCAACUACAAAUUUAAUGAUAUUCUUCAUUAUGUAAUAGAGCCGAUGAGUCAGAGUAUAAAUUUACAAGAUUAAAAUUCCCAAGUAGAUAUAGAAAA